GGUGCGCUCGGCGCGCGGCCAGCGCGGCUCCGCUCCCCGCUCCUCCUCCCGCCGGGCCCGCAGGGGACAGCGACACUCGCCAGGCGCCUCCGUCCCGGCGCUGCCCCGCGCCCCCGCCGCUCGAUCAGCAGCUCCUGAGGACUGAGGACUGAAGAACCUGCCCAGGGAACCCCUGCUCUGAGUGCUCAGGCAUGGCUGACCUGGACCACUCCCUGAGCCUGGCCGACGCUCUGACGGAGCCGCCCCCGGACGUGGAGGAGGAGGUGAAGAGAGAUUUCAUCGCCACGCUGGAGGCUGAGAAGUUUGAUGACGUGGUGGGGGAGACUGUGGACAAGACAGACUACGUGCCCCUGCUGGAUGAUGAGGAGCAGGCCAGGCCUGGCUCCCAGGAGCCCAAAAGCAAAGGCCACGUGGACGGCAUUGCCGUGGAACAUUCCUCAGCCUCGGGGCCCACGGUGGUGGAGAACGGCGACCACGGGCUGCAGGACCAUCACACAGUAUUCCCAGGAGAAAUAAUGGAUGAGAAGAUGUCCUACAAAGAGUUCCUGGAUCGCAACGACACCUGGUCAGCAGAGGAGAGAGACCUGUGCUUCAAACCCAUGGACAUGGCUGACCCCUUCAGCAUGCACAGAGGGGAGAACCUGCCCGAGCUGUCCUUCCCCACGGACAUGAAGAGCGCGCCGCUGUUCCCGGGCCACGCCGACGCUGCCAGGGACAUCCUUGCUCCACAUGGAUCCAUGAUGGGACCUGAACAGCCUUUCCUGGGGUCCCUGUAUUCCCCUGCAGAGGCUCUGGACCCGUCAGCCUUCAUGGGCCUCGAGUCAGGCACAGAAUUCCUGCCAGGAAAAGCAGCCCCUGAAGAAUACUGGAUGGGAGCUCAGCAGGACAUGAAGGGACCAGAUACCUCUUACUUUGUUGAGCCACCAGUGCCCCCUGCAGCCGCAGAAGCCAUAAGGACGAGCCUGCCCGAGAGCCCCACGGCAGCAGCAGCCCCGGGGAGCCUCCCUGCUGCAGCCCCAGCCCUGCCAGCAGAGGCUGCAGCCCCCGAGGGACCCGAGGCUGCAGCUCCAGGUGCAGCCUCUGUUCCCACCACCGACGCCGUGUCCCAUCCUGCAGAGAAAGCUGGGGCUGGCCCUGCUGGAGACGCCAAACCUCCCCAGAGUCCUGCAGCAGCAGCAGGCAGCCCUCUCCAGGCCACAGAUGGGGCCUUUGCUCCUGCACCUGAGGGCAGCCCUGCCAGAGGUGUCAAUGACCUGUCCACCCCGGGGACAGAGCUCGGCUUCGCCCCGGCAGCUGGAUCCCACCAUGGGGUGGAUUUGGGGUUUGCUCCAGCAGCAGGUGUGGAGUCUCACCAAGCCAUGGAUUUGGGGUUUGCUCCAGCAGCAGGUAUGGAGUCCCACCAGGCCAUGGAUUUUGGAUUUGCCCCAGCAGCAGAUGUGGAGUCCCAUCAGAACAUGGAUUUGGGAUUUGCUCCAGCAGCAGGUGUGGAAUCUCACCAGAACAUGGAUUUGGGAUUUGCUCCAGCAGCAGGUGUGGAAUCUCACCAGAAAAUGGAUUUGGGAUUUGCUCCAGCAGCAGAUGUGGAGUCCCACCAGACCAUGGAUUUGGGGUUUGCCCCGGCAGCAGACACAGAACCUCACCAUACCUUGGAUUUGGGAUUUGCUGCAGCAGCAGAUAACAAAGCUCAGCACGUUGUGGUCUCUGAGUUUGCCCCAGCAGCAGAAGUCAACCAUCACCAUGGCCUGGAUUCUGGGUUUGCUCCUGCAUCUCCAGCCAAGUCUGUCCCUGCUGUGGAUGGUGGGAACGUGGCAGCUCAGCCCAGCAUUGCUGUGUCUGGGGAGCUGCUGACAUCUGAGGCUGCCCCUCAGCAGGACAAGGCUCCUGCAGAAGCAGCAGCAAAGGUGGAGGUGGAAUGCAAAGCCCCAGAAGUUUGUGUGGAUCACUCAGAGGAGAUGAAGGACAGGAAGCCUCCCCCGAGCCCCGGGGAGGAGGAAAUUCCCGGCAAAAGCAAGCAGCCCCCGGAGGCAGCAGCUGAAGCAAAAGGAGCACUAGACAAUAAAGACCUUCCAGAAAAAUCUGCUCCUGCUGAGAAUGGUGAGACACAGAAGGAGGAGGCUGAGCACAACCACGUCCAACACGCAGAACCUCAGGAAGGGAAAGCCCUGCAGGAGCCCACAGGCAAGGCGGAGGAGCCCAAAGCAGCCGAGGCCGUGAGUGGGAACGACAUCUCAGCUCCUCCCAACAAGGAGCUGCCCCCCAGCCCCGAGAAGAAGACCAAGCCUGCUGCAUCCUCCUCCUCUGCCAAGGCGGCGGCAGCCAAGGCCAAGCCCCCGGGCAGCACCAGCCCCAAGCGGCCCAGCUCGGCCACCCCGGGCACAAACAAAAAGCCCACGAGCCCGAGUGCAGCUCCUGCUCCAGGCAGCACCUCCAAACGCCCCGGCACCAGCAGCACCCGUCCCUCCACCCUCACUCCAAAAGAGACUAAACCAAAGGUCGCGGAUGCGAAGCCCGCAGAGAAGAAAACCUCCCUCUCCAAGCCUCCAUCCUCCACCACCCCCAAAACUCCUUCCAGGAGCUCCUCUGCUGCUCCCCGGACCACGGCGCCGUCCCCGGUGACGGCAGCGGCCGCUGCCAAAACCACGGCGCCCACUCCUCCCAAGAGGCCGACGUCCAUCAAGACGGACGCGAAGCCGGCAGAUGCCAAGAAACCUCCUGCCAAGUCUCCCUCAGGCGAUUCCAACCGCCCCAAGAGUGCCCCGGGCAGCACCACCAAGAGCAGCGCCACCACUCCUUCCACCGCGGCCUCCAGCGUGGCCGGCACGGCCCCCAGCCGGCCCAAGCCCAAAGCCGCCGCCCCCAAAGCCGCCACGGCCUCCACGGUGUCUGCGGACGCCAAGAGAGCCGCGGGCAAGGCCGCAGCGGGCAGCAAAGGCAGCGCCGGGCCCGCGGCCCGAGCCCCGCGCCCCGCCAGCGCCGCCGGGCCCGACCUGCGCCACGUCCGCUCCAAGGUGGGCUCCACCGACAACAUCAAACACCAGCCCGGCGGGGGAAAGGGGAAGGUAGAGAAAAGGCCAGAGUCAGCCGGCGCCGCGCCCAGCUCUGAGCCCAGCGCGGGCUCUAAGGUGGCUCCUAAAGUGGCAGCAAAAGAGGGGGUCCCCAAACAGCCCAAUGGGAAAGUCCAGAUAGUCUCCAAAAAAGCGAACUACAGCCAUGUUCAGUCCAAGUGUGGUUCCAAGGACAAUAUUAAGCAUGUCCCUGGAGGUGGGAAUGUGCAGAUCCAGAACAAGAAAGUCGACCUCUCCAAAGUGUCCUCCAAGUGUGGAUCUAAAGCAAAUAUCAAGCAUAAGCCAGGCGGAGGAGACGUCAAAAUCGAGAACCAGAAGCUGAACUUCAAGGAGAAGGCCCAGGCCAAGGUGGGAUCUCUGGACAACGUGGGACACUCACCGGCCGGAGGGGCCGUCAAGGAGGGCGGCGCGGAGCCGGCGCAGCUCCCGGCGGCCAACGGAACGGGGCCGGAGCCGGGCGCGCUGCCCGCGGCCCCCGCGCUGCGGGAGAACGGCGUGGGGCCGGCCCUGGCCGCGCUCGGCACCGCCGACCAAAGGGAAAUGCAGAGCCUCGACACUCACAUCCAAGAAACAAAUUGAGUCUCACAAGCUGACGUUCCGUGCGAAGGCCAAGGCUCGAACAGACCACGGAGCGGAAAUCGUCGUCUCCAAACCCCCCACCCUUUCCAGCAGCACCUGCCCCCGGCGUAGCACCUCCGCCAGCGACAGCCUGGGCUCCGUCGCCUCCCGUCACCGCCGCCGGCCGCGCCCUCCCAGCAAGGCUUGUGACCCCCGGCCCCGCUCCGCGCCCCGGGGACCCCAGCUUGGCCCUCUUAACCCGGCUCUGCCUUUGGGUGGGAAGGGGCCGAUGCUCCCCGGGCCCGCCCGGGCUGGGGUCCCUCGGCGGCCGGGCAGGGCUCCCCUCCCUCCUUCUCUCCCUGUCCUGCCCUCCCGCUGGCCCGGGACUCCCGGGGGUUGCUGCGCCUCGGGGUGGCCCGAGCGGCCCCGGCCGUGCCAGGGCAGGGCAGAGCAGAGCCCUGGCUGCGGGGGCCAGGCCGAGUUAACAGGGAUAAGCUGUGAUCUUUCUUUCUGUCUCUUUUUUUAACCCCUUCCCUCCUCGCCGCUUCAGUUUCUGCCGCCCGUGGGAUGCUGAUAAAUCCCCUCCACACUCGUUAGGCUGUUUUAACUGUUGACUUGAACCUUUUAUUCUUUGUGACGAAGUGUUGAUGAUUUAUCGUGUUCGAACCCGUGCUAAGUUUCCUUUUCUCUUUCCUUCUUUUCCGACCCGUAGGAGAGUAGGGACAUUUAACCGCUGCUGCCGUGCUGGCUUCUUACUGACAUAUCCAGCCGUUGUAACUUCUUUGUUGUUGUUUGGGGUUUUUUCUUUUUAAUAUUUUAAAACGAUGGAGCGAGUUCAUGGGAUUAAGCCAUGUCCGGAAAGAAAGGCACAGGAAUGUGUAAAGGGCGAACUUGCUGUGAGAGCUCAGGUGGAGCCUGUGUUGACCUCGAGAUGUGUAAUUGAUGCUCGAGAUGUGUUAAUUGAGGCUCGCGAGCCCUCCGCGGGUGCCUUCUGCCGAGGUGGUUCAUGGUUUAUUCAUUAGCGGCACGGCCGAGCCCUGGGAUUUGUCCCGUUGUCCCGGGCCGAGGCCGGAGGGAGCAGGAGGCGGCCGUGGCGGGAGGGCGCGGGCCGGGGGUUGCGAGGCUGCAGCAGGUCAGGUCCGUGGGGGUGUGGGCAGUGCGGGGUGUGCGGGGUGUGCGGUUUUGGGGACCCGAGCGAGCCGGGAUGAGCAGCGCCGUGCGGGCAGCAGGAGCAGGGAGCUCAUCCCGGGGGCAGCAGGGCAGGGUCGGUGCCAGGCAGGUGCAGCUCUGACUAGGAAGGAGAUCUAACCACUCUUGGAGCUCCUCGUUUCAAAUGACACUAAAGAAACGAAAUGUAAAUAAAUUAAAACAAAAGAAAAGUGUUCUUGGGUGGUCGAACUAAUUUAAAGAAACAAAAAAAAAAAAAGGCAAGCAGAAUAACAAAACACUGGGAUCAAAGAGAACUGAACCAGGUGUGUGCUAAGGGGGGCUGCUCCAGGAGGGGACAGAGGGAAGCCUGCAGCUUCUCGUGCUUGUGGGAGUAUUUCUUUGGGAAGCCAACAACGACACGAUAACCCGGAAUCUGUAUUUACACACAAAGAUUCUUAUUGCACUUGUAUUUUUUAUAUUAAAGUUUGCAUGGUUUCUAAUAAAAUGGCAUUAAAAUGUACUAGUUUGCAUCAAA